CAGGGCCGCCGGCGCUCGGCAGCCGCUCGGAGCCCGCAGAGGAGAGGAGAGGAGGCGCCGCCGCCAGCCGCAGCGCCGCUCGGCAGGCUUUUCUUUGUGCAAAAAUUCUGAGGACACCCUAAUUGAAGAGUUAUGAAAGGUUCUGCCACAGACUCACAUUCGGCCUCCAUGGGAAGUUAAAGGAGAGCAUCCCACCUGCUUGUAUGCUGUCGGGAUGCUGACGCCCUGGUUCCGCCUGCAGAGGGGAGUUCUGGGCUAGACGCUGACUGCCAGCCAGACCAAUGCUCACCCCGCACGUCCCGCCUCUCUCCCCUCUCCCGGAGUGAACCCCUCUGACACCAACAGCACGUCAGCUGCGGAAAAUGCUUUGCGCUCUAAGGAAGUCUGCCACCUGAAUUCAUGCGCCCCGUCUGUGCAGUUGUGGAUGGUUUACCACCUGAAGGCUCCUCCGGCUCUUUCCCAGGCCCCGUAUCUGUCUCUGAAAUGUCUCUGCUGCAUGCUUUGGGUCCAGUGCAGACCUGGCUGGGACAGGAGCUGGAGAAAUGUGGCAUCGAUGCCAUGAUCUACACGCGGUAUGUCCUCAGUCUCCUGCUGCAUGACAGCUAUGACUACGACCUGCAGGAACAGGAGAAUGACAUCUUCCUGGGCUGGGAAAAAGGAGCUUACAAGAAAUGGGGAAAGAGUAAGAAGAAGUGCUCAGAUCUAACUCUGGAAGAGAUGAAAAAACAGGCUGCUGUCCAGUGUCUUCGAUCUGCAUCCGAUGAAAGCUCUGGGAUCGAGACGUUGGUGGAGGAGCUCUGCUCCCGCCUGAAGGACCUGCAGAGCCAGCAAGAAGAGAAAAUUCACAAGAAGUUAGAAGGGUCUCCCUCUCCAGAGGCAGAACUAUCCCCGACAGCAAAGGAUCAAGUGGAAAUGUACUACGAAGCGUUUCCCCCGCUGUCGGAGAAGCCCGUGUGCCUGCAGGAGAUCAUGACCGUGUGGAACAAGUCUAAAGUCUGCUCUUCCUCCAGCUCCUCGUCAUCGUCCACCGCGCCCCCAGCCAGCACAGACACGUCCCCCAAGGACUGCAACAGUGAGGGCGAGGCCAGCAGGGACAGAGGCGAGGCGGCGCCCACCGCCGUACACGCGAAAAGCCUGAGCAGAAGUAAAAACGAGAAGGAGAACAAGUUCGGGAACGGCACGAUUGAAGAGAAGCCCGCUUUGUACAAAAAACAAACCCGACACAAACCCGAAGGCAAGGCUCGCCCUCGCUCCUGGUCUUCCGGCUCCAGUGAGGCAGGCUCCAGCUCGAGCGGCAAUCAGGGGGAGCUCAAAGCGGCCGUGAGGUGCGUGCGAGUGAGACACAAGGCGCGAGACCUCCGGAACCGGAGAGGGCGGAGCGGGCAGGGCAGGCUCCCGCUGAAGCAGGGCGAGAGGGCCGAAAGGGGCACCCACGGGGGCGGCGGCGGCAGCAGCAGCGGCGGCGGCUCUGGCAGACAGCUGUGCAGGCGGGCCAAGAGACCAUUGAAAGAGGUGGGCAGGAGGGACGCGGACGGCACGGAGGACAGAGACGUGCACCUGGACAGCAGAAACGACAAGGAGUACAAAGAAGAGCCACUGUGGUACACCGAGCCAAUUGCAGAGUAUUUCGUUCCUGUGAGCAGGAAAAGUAAACUAGAGACCACGUACCGGAACCGACAGGACGCGUGGGAUCCGCCGGCUGAGGUGGUGGGAGAGCUGUCUGACUCGGUGCACGGUCUUUGCAUCAGCAGCAGUAACGUUCAUAAAGCAUACCUCGCAGCGGGUACUUUCAUCGAUGGCCACUUUGUAGAAAUGCCUGCGGUUAUAAAUGAGGAGAUUGACCUCCCUGGGACCUCGUUCUGUUCUCUCCCAGAGGACAACAGCUACUCGGAUGAUAUUCAUCUAUCAGAGUUAACACACUUCUAUGAAGUGGGUAUUGACCAAUCCAUGUUGGAUCCUGGUGCCUCAGAAACAAUGCAAGGAGAAAGUCGGAUUUUGAAUAUGAUUCGACAGAAAAGCAAAGAGAGAAGCGAUUUUGAGGCAGAAUGUUGCAUAGUGUUAGAUGGGAUGGAGUUGCAAGGGGAACGUGCAAUAUGGACAGAUUCCACCAGCUCCGCGGCCGCCGAGGGCCAGUUCCUGCAGGGCCUGGGCCACCUGGCGCAGUUCUGGGAGUGCUGCUCGUCCAGCUCCGUGGAUGCUGACGGCGAGAGCUUCGGGGGAGAGUCUCCGAUCAGACUCUCUCCCAUCUUAGACGGCGCAGCCCUCAAUCCGCAUCUGCUUGCUGGCAAUCAAGAGCUCUUCUCAGAUAUUAAUGAAGGAUCUGGUAUAAACUCUUGUUUUUCAGUGUUUGAAGUGCAAUGCAGUAAUUCUGUUUUACCAUUUUCUUUUGAAACACUCAACUUGGGGAAUGAAAAUACAGAUUCUAGUGUGAACACGCUUGAGAAAACACAGUCCAGACUGCUAAUAUGGACCAGAAAUAGUGCCUUUGAAGAAAAUGAACACUGUUCUAAUCUUUCCACAAGAACCUGUAGUCCAUGGUCCCAUUCAGAAGAAACUCGUUCAGACAAUGAGACAUUAAGUCUCCAGUUUGAAGAAUCCACGCAGUUUAAUGCAGAAGAUAUUAAUUAUGUAGUUCCUAGAGUCUCGUCAAAUUAUGUAGAUGAAGAACUUCUAGAUUUCUUGCAAGAUGAAACUUGCCAACAAAACAGUAGAACUUUAGGAGAAAUUCCUACUUUAGUUUUAAAAAAAAAAUCGAAACUAGAAUCUGUCUGUGGUAUUCAGCUAGAACAAAAACCAGAGAACAAAACCUUUGAAACCACGCACGUGCGCUGUGGGAGCAGCCCGGGUGGAGACGGCUACAGCCCAGGGGUCAUGAGAGACAUCUGGACACAGCUGGCGGAGAGGAACUCCGUGGCGCUGGUGGAAGUCGAAGGAGCUGCUGAUGAGCUCUUCUCGACAGACGUGAAUAACUAUUGCUGCUGUCUGGACGCUGAAGCCGAGACGGAGCCGCUCCGGGAGCCCAGCAAGGCCGUGCAGAGGUCGGAGUACCGCCUGUGGGAGGGGCAGAAGGAGAACCUGGAGAAACGAGCCUUUGUUUCGGGCGAGCUGUCCAAGGUGGACGGCGGCGACUACACCACACCCUCCAAGCCCUGGGACGCGGCCCAGGAGCAGGAGAACGCGUUCAUCCUCGGGGGCGUGUACGGAGAACUGAAGACCUUCAGCAGCGACGGGGAGUGGGCGGUGGUGCCGCCCGGCCAUGCCAAGGGGAGCCUGCUGCAGUGCGCGGCCUCCGACGUGGUGACCAUCGCCGGCACGGACGUCUUCAUGACGCCGGGGAACAGCUUCGCCCCCGGCCACAGGCAGCUGUGGAAGCCCCUCGUGUCCCUGGAGCAGAGCGACCCGCCGAGGCCUGGGGAGGGCGGGUUCAAUAAGGGGUUUUCCUUGGUCUUCCGUGAAGACCUCCUGGGAGCUUGUGGCAACUUCCAAGUUGAAGAUCCGGGACUCGAAUAUUCAUUCUCUUCCUUCGACUUAAACAAUCCGUUUUCACAAGUUCUUCACGUGGAAUGUUCCUUUGAACCCGAAGGGAUUGCAUCUUUGAGCCCUAGUUUUAAACCGAAAUCCAUCCUCUGCUCUGAUUCCGACAGUGACGUGUUCCACCCCAGGAUAUGUGGCGUCGACAGAACCCAGUACAGGGCCAUUCGGAUCUCGCCUAGGACUCACUUCCGCCCCAUUUCCGCUUCUGAACUGUCCCCUGGAGGGGGGAGCGAGUCCGAGUUUGAGUCUGAGAAAGACGAAGCCAGUAUUCCCGUUCCUCCUCAGGUUGAUGCGUUCGAAGAUCCACAGGCAGAUCUCAAACCCCUGGAAGAAGAUGCGCAGAAAGAAGGCCAUUACUACGGAAAAUCUGAACUGGAGUCGGGGAAGUUCCUGCCCAGGCUGAAGAAGUCCGGGAUGGAGAAGAGUGCGCAGACGUCCCUGGACUCGCAGGAGGAGCCGGCGGGGCUGCCGGCGGGGAAGCAGGCCCAGUGCCUGGAGUGCGGCGGGAACGAGCCCCCGGAAACCAGUGCGGAGAGCUCGGAGGCAGAUUGUAAAAUAACGGCCCCGUGCGAGGAAGAAGUUAACCAUUUCUGCAGCUGCAAAGCAGGUUGCCAGCUCCCUGCCUGUGAAGAUGACCCGGUUCCUUGCGGACCGCUGGAGGAGUUUCCCGUGUUGAGCACUGAUGUACAAGGAGUAAACAGAAGCCAAGAGAAGCAGAGCUGGUGGGAGAAAGCCCUGUACUCGCCCCUUUUCCCUGCGUCAGAGUGCGAAGAAUGUUAUACAAAUGCCAAGGGAGAGAAUGGUAUAGAAGAGUAUCCAGAUGCUAAAGAAAGGCCCUGUAACGAAGAGCGCCUGUUAGAUUUUAAUAGGGUGUCUUCUGUCUGUGAAGCGAGGUGCACGGUGGAGAGGACGCCCGGAGCAGCACCUCGGGGCGCCCACCGGAAGCGCUGCUCCAGCGCCAGCUCGGGCUCGGAGGACUCGGGCUCGGACGGCGCGGGCGAGUGGGCCGACCCCGGCGAGGAGGAGCUCUUCUCUCGAACUCAUCUCUGACCGCAGAGUGGCGCCCGUUAUUGUUUAAGAGGAAAUGUGAUGGGAAAUGACCCUUUGUGAGGCCUGUUCAUCUAAACAACUUAGGUUUCUUCUCAGUAACUGAGUCAGAUCAGUAAUUCUCUUUCUCUUCUUGCUUAUUUUAGAGUUGAGGACAGCUAUCCUGUUGAAGAUUUUUUUUCCAAGCUGUUAAAUUCUUGGCUCUUUGAACUAGACUAGAUUGUGUUGUCAAAUCAAGAAUGGGUGUGCAUGUGCUUGUCUCAGAAAUGCCACUGCUCCUGGCAUCUCCCGCGGUCACUCCCCUCGGACUGUGGUCCGUCGCGGUCCCCAUCUUAGCCUAACCACAGUGGCUGCGACCACUUCCGCCCUCCGGAGACUCGAGCUCGGAACGCUAGGCUUUAUUCUCUUUGAGAACCAGGAUAGAGCCGUCCCCGCAGUCACCUCCCGCAGUGGAUCGGCGCCGGUGACCCGAGCGGUCUUCCCCAUGAGAUGGCGUGCACGUCGGAAGUGGCAGCCACGGGGCGAGCUCUCAGAGACUUACAGAUGCUGUUUCCCCCUAGGAUGUCCGUGGAGUGCCGUGGAAGGUGCUGUGGUUGGGACUUCCUUGCUAACUGAAGAAGCCAAGGAUUCGGGGUGGGGUAGUGCGUGAGGCACGUGGCGUGUGGGCCCCGGCGUGUGCCGUGCUGUAUGUGCUGACACCAGAACACCCUUCAGGGUCCUGUGGGGCAAGUCCGACAGUACCGGGUGAGGAUUUUAGUUGCAAAUUAUGAUUUCCUCAGAAUCUACGUUGAACCGAAAGCCCUAGAACUCAAAAUCGUAAACAUCUGAAUGCAUUAAAGGCCACCCCAUCACCCGAGGAAACCUUGGCCGCUGCUGCUCCUGUGGCUGUGCUUUGUGUAGCUUAGCUCUCCUUCUGUGUGUGAGAGGAUGCUCGGGCAGUGCCGUCGGGGGGCGGGGGGGGGGGGGGCGGGCAGGUGGAAGAUCGGUUUCUCCCGAACCUGUAACCGCCUCCCGAACCUCCCCUUCUCGGCGGGGCCCAGGGUCAGUGCGUCCCUCUCGCCGCCUCCACGCUUCAUGCGGCUCUGCCACGGGCGGAAGUGAGGAGGAGUAUGUCUCAAAACCUGAACAUUCACAAUUGCUUUUCUCUUCUAAACCCAUUACACACACACACCUAACGUGGGAAGUCAGUUUGGCAUGUCUGGCCUCAUGCAGGAAAGCCCAACACGGACAAGGCGGCUUCGCCACGGACUUCGGUGAGCAGUAGCGUCGUCGUUCCCCAGCGGGGCGCGGCUGCUGGCCAUGUGGGGCUUGCUCUGAGCAUGGGGCUCUGUCGCCUUUUCCUUAGUUGAUGACACCGAAAACUCCCUCUGAGGCUGUGGUGUCCUCCCAGGCUCUGCACGCUCCCUGAGGGCCCGGCAGGUGCAGCGGCUUCUGACACUUUAAAGUGGGUUUGUGAGUGUGCGUGCGUGUGCGUGUGUGUGUGUGUGUGUGUGUGCGCGCGCGCGCGCGUGAGCAUGUGCGUGCACGUGGAAGGUUUUACGUUGCUGUUAUUUAUUUACAGAUUUUAUAAGGUUUUACGUAUUUUUCUUUCUUCCGGAGCUUCCUAAAAAUUCAUUAGCACCUGCACUGAAAUAUAAUUUAACAGCAAAGGCAAAAAAGAAUUGGAUGUUAUAAAUUCCUAAAAUCACUACAAUGAUAACUGUCCUAGAAAUCAUUGCUUAUGUAGCAGAGACCAAAUAACUCUCAGACACCACCUUUAGCUCAGUUGAUGGACAGCUGCUGCUGAUCAGAGACAGCUCCAGGUGGUGGCGGGCAGCCUCCCCCACGCCCACGCGGGAAGCUGGCUGCGCCUUCCACGGGUGGGGAUGGAUGACCAGUGGGCCAGGUUAACAGGUUAUGUAUUUAUUUGUUUUCAUAGCUAAGUGGCUGAAGCCGGAGGCUUUCAGCUACAGAGUUGCAAGUGUGGUUUUUAGUUUUGUGAAUGGAUGAUCACAAAGAUAAAGCAUUUUUAAAAAGUUGGCAAAACGCUGAGACGCACUGUGGUAUGAAGCGCAUUGCACAUCCGUAGCACUGAGUGUCCGUGUCCGUCCCGGGCCGAGGUUUCCCGCGGUUGUAUUGUUCUGAUUUCACGUACACCGGAGUAACUGAGUUUUUGUUUUCUUGUGGAGUUAACACCAAAAUAAAA